GUACACAUUAGGAUUUUCGAACAACCAUAAAAUCUCCUAAUUUAUAAGACAUAUUUGCCAUUGUGCUAAGACCUUAUAAUUGGAACAUUAUGAGGGUAAUAGGUGAAAAACAAUUAGGAGAAAUAUAUUAGAGAAUUUCACUAAUAUUUUGUACUAUGAUGACACAUAAAAAGAAAAAAGAUAUUAUGCUAAUAUAUAUGAUGAAAGCAACCAAGAUCACUUUUUUUUUCUAGCACUUGCUUUGCUUAGUGGGUGAAGUACUUUGGUUUUUCAAUUUGAAGAGAAAGAAAAAUGCCAUGUUCUAAAGAAGAAGCUCUUAUUAGACUCUUCUACAAUUCAUCAUCCUCUUUCAAACUUCUCUUCCUUUUCAUCUUCUCUUCUCUCACUUUACUUCUCAAAAUCCUAAACUUCAUUGGUAGCUACUCUCUAUUCCAAAGGGAUCAACAAUAUGAAUAUGUUUCAUCUGAGUAUGAUUACGAAGAAGAAGAAGAAGAAGAAGUUCGAGGGAGUUAUUUUUACGAAGAUUCUAUUGAGAAAGAUCAUUUAGUAGCUGAUGUAAUUUGUGGUGGAGAAGCUCUUAUGUUUUUGCAUAGUAAUAACAAAUCUCAAAGGAAUCACAAUUUUUCUUUUGAAGAAGAACAAGAAGAAGAAGAGUUUAUAACACCACAAGAAAGCUUGGUUGAAGAGUUUCCAGAAGAAGAAAAAAAUUCAUCAGAAAAUUUGCAUGUUCAUCACAAGUCACCAAUUGUUUCAGAUUUUGAGACAGAAAUUAAUGAAACAGAAUUUCAAGAAGAAGAAGAUGCUGAUUCUGUUCCAGAUUCUGUUCCAGAUUCUAUUCCAAUCGAAAGCAGGACCACUUCUCAUAUCACAACGAAUCUAUACAAAAGUGAUGACUUAGUAGGAUGUGACAAAAACAAGAAAGUGGAUGAAUCAAAUGUUGAAAGAGAUGAGAGAUUAUUUGUGAUUGGUGCAACACAUUUGGAGAGAAAUAAGAAGUUGAUAUUUGAAGAAAAAGAUGAUGAAGAGAUAUAUGGUGAUUCAUGCACUGUUGGUUCAACUUCUAAAAGCUCUUCUGAUUGGAGAAGCUCAAUUAUUUGUAGAGAUUCUGGAACUGAUGACCCUUUUUCUUCUUCAUCAAGAGGAAGUUGUCCUAAGUGGGAAUCUUACACUGUUUUUCAAAAAUAUGAUGAAGAAAUGUCGUUCCUAGAGAGAAUUAGUGCACAAAAACUUCAUGAAACAGAGUCUUUAAGAUCUAUCAAAGUAGCUCCAAGGUCAAUUUCAGAGAGAAUUGUGUACAAAUUUUCAAGUAUGAGUAAAAAGCCAGAAGAUAUAAGUAAUCACAAUCCAUACUGUGAACUGGAAAGUGCUUAUGUUGCACAAAUUUGCUUAACAUGGGAAGCACUUAAUUGGAACUACAAGAAUUUUCAAUCAAAAAGAGCUUCAAAUGUUGAUGUUGGUUGUCCAGCAACAAUUGCACAACAAUUUCAACAGUUUCAAGUUUUGUUACAAAGAUAUGUUGAGAAUGAACCUUAUGAAUAUGGUAGAAGACCUGAGAUUUAUGCUAGAAUGAGACAUUUGGCUCCAAAAUUGCUUCUAGUCCCUGAAUAUCGAGAUUCAGAUGAUGAUCAGAAGGAGAAGGUUGGGUUUAACUCAAAAAUUUCAUCAGCUUCAUUUCUUGUGAUAAUGGAAGAUGGAAUCAGAACAUUCAUGAGUUUUCUAAAGGCUGAUAAAGAGAAAACAUGUCAGAUCAUUGCAUCUUACUUUCGAAGAAAUCGAAAAACCUUGAUUGAUCCAACACUAAUUCGUCUUAUGAAGAAAGUUAAUCAAAAGAAGAAGACGAAGGUUAAGGAUCUUAAGCGAUCUCACAAAUGUUUGAGGAAAAGAAAGUUAGAGGAGGAAGAAGAGAUGGAAAUUUUGAUGUCAUUAAUAGACUUAAAAGUGGUGUCAAGGGUUUUAAGAAUGAGUGAGAUGAAUGAAAAUCAACUACAUUGGUGUGAAGAGAAAAUUAGCAAAGUAAAAGUCAUUGAUGGGAAGCUACAAAGAGAUUCCACUCCACUUUUCUUUCCAUCCCAUUGACCCACAAAAAGAGAUUAUUGAUAUAAAUAUUACUUAAUGAGUGGGAGAUGAAUGUGCAUGGUUGCACAAAGAGGAAUAUUCAUAACAUGCUUUUUGUAAAUAUGGAGUUAAAGAAAAAGGAGAAGGACCCUACAAAUCAAAGUGAAACUCAUAUGGAAUUUAUUGGGGUAUGAAAUUCAUGAAAAGAUGGGUAAAGUUGAACAAGUGAUGUGUUAUGGAUUAAUAUUGAAAGUGGAAAACCAAAGACAAAGCAAUGUACAAACAAGAUAGAGACAAUAUUAGCUUUAGUUUUUGCUUUAGCUUUUUAUUUAUUUUAAUUUAGGGUUUAUAUCUCUACAAGGGUUUUGAGUUAUAAAGCACAUGGAGUUGAAUAAAAGUAGGGUUACACUCUUUUGCAUAAAGUAGGUCACAUGAUAAAGGAAGGGUAGGUUUAGUGUUUCUUUUUUCUUCCUUAAUUAAUAAGGAAAGGAAUGGUUAGUUUUUUAAAGAGAAAAAUAAAUACCAUCUAGGUUGGACUUGUUGUAGGGCAACAAAUAUGAAUUACAAUACUUCUUUCAAAAGAUUUACUCGUCAUUUAUCAUUUAGUUUCUUAAUUUGAACUUUAAAUUAUAUAAAAUUUACUACAAAUUAGGUUUGAGCUUUAA